GGAGAAGCCAUUAAGCUGUGUUUUUCGUCAUGAAGCCAUUGCAUUGCAACUAACUUACGUUAUCAGUUUGUUGCAAGAACAUGAUUUAUCAAAGUUAAUUUGCAAUGUUCUCCUACUUAUCCCGAAGUACUUCCUGACUAUGGCUGUGAACCCUUGCGUAGCAUUCCACACGCUUAAGAAAUGCUACGUAACCGGAGAAGAAGUUGUUCCAUCGUUUACUAUAACUGGAUCUGUGGCUUUAAAUGAUUGGAUUGGUAUAUUUCCUGUUGACAACAGGACAUGCGAGAAUCCUUUAAUAUACCAAUGGGGUCCAUCCAAUAUCACUUCUACGAAAAUGCAGCAAACUUUAUCAGUGUCGCUUAAACUUGAAUGUUUAGGAGAUACUGAUCCCACAAGAAAAUAUGAGGUACGGUAUGUAAGAGGAGACGGUAACGAAAUACUUGGAAAAACGAGCGAGUUUACGAUAGCUGUUGUUGCACCACAAGAGAGUUUGAUCACUGUAAAAGAAGGCCUAUCCUUUGACGAUAAUAUUGUUUUCGUCGAUAAAGUAAGCCUCGAUGGGAUCGUUAGAAAUGAAAGGAACUGUGAAAAACUGAACGAAAAUUUAAUCGAAACAAAAGAGAAUUUGCAGCUCUUACAAGAAGAAUUAAACUCCACUGUAGCUGGGAAUCAAAUUUCUAAAACACAACUUCAAGAAGAAGUUACACGUCGAGAAUUAGCAGAAGACACAAUUAGAGAUUUAUCACGUCGACUUGGAGAACAGAUGAAGCUAAUUGAAGACAAAAAUGACGAACUUCUCUCUCUUCGUAAUGCGUGUGAACGAGAGAAGCACUUUCACGACUCUAUACGAGAAGAAUACGACGCUGUUCAAGAAAGCAGCGAAAAUUUUGCUACAGAAAUCGAAGAUCUUCGUGCUAUAGCAGCGAGUUAUAAAGUCGAGUGUUUUCGCAUGCGCAAAGAGCUUAUCAAUAACGAAGAACUCGAAAAGCAGUUAAAAUGUCAGAUUAUGGACGACCAUGAGAAGCAUGAUGAGGAGAUGGUUCAUUUCCAAAAAAUCGCAUCUAAAGAGAUGUCUAAAUUGAGAAAUAAUGUUGAACUUCUUGAACGUGCGCUAGAAAAAGAACGAACAAAAGUAUCGUCCUUGGAAACAAAUUUAGAGGAAUUAACAAAAAUUCAUGCAAAGGAAAUGGAAGAAAAAAACGAAAAAAUCAAGAAAGAUGAAGAAACGAUUCAAUUUUUAGGAAAGGAAAUUCAAGAUGAAAUCGAAAAACGAAAUAAACUUGUCGAAGAGAAUCAGGAAACAAUUCUGGGAUUGGAAAGUCGAGUAGCGAACGAGUCAAGCAAUGCAAGCCGACUUGAAAAUGACGUCAUCGUCGCAGAGAAUCGUUACAAAGAAGCUACUGAAGACAUUAAAUUUUUUCGUCAAAGUUUUAUCGACACUGAGCAGAAGCUGCAAAAAAUCCAACAACAACUUUCCAAAACCUCGAUAGAGUUAAACAAUUUGAAAAAUACGAAGACCGAAAGCCACGUCGUGAGAAGUGAUGUUGAGUGUGAAUCUAUCAACAAAGAGACAAUGACAGACAUUGAUUUUGACGAUAAAUCGACGAUUUGCGAGUCCCAAUGCGUCUCAACAAAUCCGUCAAAUGAAACACUCGUCUCUGUUGACCGACGUCGCCGUUUACCUAGUGAUGUUACCGAUUUUACCGACGAUGAAAGUUGGUGCACCGAAAGUUUGAAAUCACGAAGCAUGGAAUAUCUAGUGUCGCGUGGACCAACCUCCAGAAAUAAGUCUACAGCUGGACUUAUACAAUUAGGAGACAUAAACCGAAGUGAAAUGUUAGAGUCGGUUUCAAGUGUCGGCAGCGUUUUAAGCGUUGACUAUCCAUUACAGCAAAUACCUGUCGCCGAAACAAAUAGAUUUGCGAAGAAAGGACGUCGACGUUUUAGCAAACCUAUCGACUUAAGCCCUUCAUCGUCUGUUUGUACUCUUUCUGUUGGGAAGAAAGACGAUCUUCCUUUAGCUUUCGUGAAAGACAUUGCUGACCUCGAUCGACCUACUAUGGAAAAACAAUACAUAGCGAUACGACAGCACAGAAACUCACUUAUUCGCGAAAACACAUAUCUGAAAAACAAAGUCUCUUCUCUCAACACAGACCUUGUUUUCAUGAACGCUAGUCUGCAAAACAUUAUUUUGGAGGCUGAGCACAAGGUUGGUAUGAUGCAAGUAAUGCUUGCCAGUCAAGAAUUAGCGAACAUAAACAAUUCUUUAUACUUGCAUGAAUACGAUCAAAUUGCUACAACGCCUCAAAGGGAGAGCAGUCGCAAUGGUAAUGAUGUUUUGUCACCAUACGCUCCAGAAUACACUCCAUCUUCGAUGCGAAUUCAACAACAACAAUCAGUGUUCUUGCCUCCACCGCCUACAUCUGCUUUUUUCGAAUAUAUGGCGCAACAAGCAGAGAAUGGUUAUUUUCUUCCACUUCCGCCUUCCCUUCCGCCUCCACCACCGCCGCCAGUCAUCCAAAACAUGGAAGAUAUGGUUGAUGUAAGUCAACAACUUGUAAAUAUUGGUGUUAAUGUAACACAGAUUCAGUAGUAUAUGUUUUACGUGAAGUGAUAGC